AUGGCCAGGACCAGGCAGAUCGCUCGCAAGCGCACCCGUGGGCCGCCUCACCCGAUCCAGCAUCCUCAGGAGGAGUCCGAGCAGGAGGAACCCGAGCAGCCAGAGGACUUGUUCGAGUUUGUGGAGGUCGACGAUGACGGCGAUGAUGACGACCACUACGGCUACUACGGAGGAGGAGGCUGGGUGGACACCGAUACCAAGGAGGAGCCCAUGGAGCUGCCUGAGGAUCAUCCCGACGCCGCAUAUGACAGCCAGGAGGAUGGUGCAGGAGGAGGUGGUGCCAAUCCAGGUGCCGCAGGAGGAGAUGAUGAUGAAGAUGAGGAUGAGGACCCAGCAGAGCCCGAUGGUGGUGAUGAGGAUCCAGAUGAGGAUCCAGAUGAUGGUCCAGCGCCAGCUGAGGCUACAGACCCACCACCACCUGAGCCCCACUACGAGAUGCAGAUACAUCAUCUGGACUACGCUGAGGGUCCACUCCCAGCACUACUCUAG